AUGGUCAACUGGGCAGACCUUGAAUUUGGUGGGCCACAACCGCCGCAAGAUAAUAUCGACAAGUGGGAGAGAGCAGUCAACGAAGGUGAUGCUUCCAUUCUCACCACCGAAGAUCGUCUAAAAAUACUACGACGAUGGCCCUUGCAAGACGCGAAUUUUUUUUGCAAUUUCUACGUCGGAUUGAGUAUCGACGAGCUAAUCCAGAAGGCCGCCGGGACGGAUGACCUUACUGAGGCGGAAGCAAUUAUAAUUCUCUAUACCCCUUUCGGCGAUUGUACCCCUGAGGACCAGAGAGAAAUGACGAAUCAGUCUCGGUGGUCGCAGAACACAAAAAAGAAAUUUCACGCUGCUCUUGACUUGAUCCUUGCGGAGAUGGACACGGAGAGGAGAGCGCGUGCAAACGCUGAGGUCGCCUUUGAACGGGUUAAAGCUAUCCGGAGAGCUGAACUGCAAAAUUUCUCAAAAGAUGAUCUUAGAAACAUUACGGGAUGUAACAAGCUACCAUGGGUUAAGGCGCUCGAGAAGCACCUUGAACAGCAACCAGCGUGGGGCUUUGUGUGCAUACGGACCUCAUUUGGUGAUGAAUCGGCGUGGCUAAGGUUUAAAGAGUUUUUCAUUCAUGCGACGGACUCUGCGCUAGUUUUCCCUCGAAAUUUCCCAUCUAUUCGACUGCGAUGGAAGAUACAGUGGGUAGAGGAUUUAUCUGUGGACGGGGCCUCAUUUUCAAUUCAUAAUACUUCACUCUCAGCACCCGAAGCACUACUAACCAAUCUUAUUAGUUUCUUUCGAAGUUUUCGUGACGAGAAUAAAAUUGAACCAGGCCUUCGCUAUGAUGCCUUCCUGUACGCCAACUCUGAAGCCAUAGACUCAGUAACCUCCUCUCCUGUCUUGCCCUCACCAGCAUUCAUAAUGGCUGCAGAGGCAGCGUACGAUGGAAGACAUAUGAACCGUCCCUUGCGAGACCAUGGCUACGCUGGCUCCGUUCGAAUUGCUAUCCCUCAUGUUUACACAACUUUCUGGGCGCGGUUGAUCUCGGCCGAAGAGGACCAGCAGCAAAGAACUUCGGCAUCAAGCAUACGGCAUACCUGGGGGGAUGUCUUUGCAAAGUCACAGAUCCCGCAUGAGAAAACGUAUCCCAUAAAACCUUUUUUCAUGGGGUUUGCACUGAAAUAA